CCGAGACACCGAGUCACCACCAAGAAAGAGUCGGACGGAGCCAUAUUCGUGUAGCUUCCGUGCGACCGAUUCAACGGAACCUCAAUCGUCUACUCGAUCGCUUGUGUGUGUGUGUUGAUAUGGCGAGAUCGGCGUUUGUUCCGAUGGCGGAGGAGAAAGAGCAAGGUGGUGCGGGUGCCGGAAGAGGAGCAGGAGCAGGAGCGGCCGUCAAUAACAAGGAGCAGCAGGAGGUGCUGCUGGUGCACAGCCAGGUGCGGCGGAUCAAGAAGGAGGACGAGGAGGCCAGGGAGCGCCUCCUCAAGCUGCGCCUGCUGGAGACCAGGCCCGCUGCCGCCGCCGGCGGGGUGGCGUGGCGAGCCCCGCGCUCUCUGUCGCCGCUCCGCCGUGCCGGGAGCGCCAUCCCGGUCCCGGUCCCAGUCCCGGUGGGGGAGUAGCAGCAGCGCCUCGCAGCCCUCUGCUUGUAUCGUAUCUAAGAGCAUCAGUCAGUACUCGCGGUUGGUUCUCGAUCGGCCGCAGUUGUAGAUACCUACGUAGGCGUAGCGAGCGAGAUCGUAGUUCAGUUCAGUCGUGGUGCUUGUGAGCCUGCCCGUGCUCUGCAGACAUGGGAUCAGAGCUUAGUAGACGACGGUAGGGUGGCAGCCAGCAUCUAUACGCCAUGUGUGGUUGGUGCCUUGGUGGUAGCAUAGCAUAGCAUGCUCUGUUCUGUAUCAGCAAGCAUAGCAUGCUCUGUUAUUCUGUAUCCUGUCUUCUUAGGUGCUGUAUAUAUGAUGAUGAGAGGGAGUUUACCUGCUUUACCUAUUC